AAAGCCGACCUGGCCGUGGCGGGGCUGACGAUCACGGCCGAGAGGGAGAAGGUGAUUGAUUUCUCCAARCCCUUCAUGACUCUGGGGAUCAGCAUCCUCUACCGAGUUCACAUGGGCCGCAGACCGGGCUAUUUCUCCUUCCUGGACCCCUUUUCUCCGGGAGUUUGGCUCUUCAUGCUGCUCGCCUACCUGGCCGUCAGCUGUGUCCUCUUCCUGGUGGCUCGGUUGACGCCCUACGAGUGGUACAGCCCCCACCCCUGCUCCCAAGGUCGAUGCAACCUCCUGGUGAACCAAUAUUCCCUGGGGAACUCUCUGUGGUUUCCYGUUGGGGGGUUCAUGCAGCAGGGCUCCACCAUCGCUCCCCAGGCGCUGUCCACGCGCUGCGUCAGCGGAGUCUGGUGGGCAUUCACCUUGAUCAUCAUCUCCUCCUACACGGCCAACCUGGCAGCGUUCCUGACCGUGCAGAGGAUGGACGUUCCCAUCGAGUCCGUGGAUGACCUGGCUGACCAGACCACCAUCGAGUACGGCACCAUCCACGGCGGCUCCAGCAUGACCUUCUUCCAAAACUCCCGCUACCAGACGUACCAGCGGAUGUGGAACUACAUGUACUCCAAGCAGCCCAGCGUCUUCGUGAAGAGCACGGAGGAAGGGAUCGCGCGCGUGCUGAACUCCAACUACGCCUUCCUGCUGGAGUCCACCAUGAACGAGUAUUAUCGGCAGCGCAAUUGCAACCUCACGCAGGUCGGGGGCCUUCUGGACACCAAGGGCUACGGGAUUGGCAUGCCCGUCGGCUCCGUGUUCCGCGACGAGUUCGACCUGGCCAUCCUCCAGCUGCAGGAGAACAACCGCCUGGAGAUCCUGAAGCGCAAGUGGUGGGAAGGAGGGAAGUGCCCCAAGGAGGAGGAUCACCGAGCCAAAGGCUUGGGAAUGGAGAACAUUGGUGGAAUCUUCGUGGUGCUCAUCUGUGGCUUAAUCGUAGCAAUUUUUAUGGCAAUGCUGGAAUUUUUGUGGAGCCUUCGACACUCUGAGCAGUCAGAGGUGUCUGUGUGCCAAGAGAUGGUGACGGAGCUGCGCAACAUCAUCCUGUGCAAGGACAGUUUCCACCCCCGGCGGAGGCGGGCGGGGGUGGCACGGACUCGCCCCGCACUGCCCGAGGAGCGCCGAGCCCGCAGCACCACCACGCUCAGCAACGGCAAGCUGUGCAGCGGGGGCGAGCCGGACCCCCUGGCACAAAGACUGGCCCAAGAGGCCGCCCUGGUCGCCCGGGGCUGCACCCACAUCCGCGUGUGCCCCGAGUGCCGCCGAUUCCAGGGGCUCCGAGCGCGGCCGGCCGCGGGGUCACCGGCGCGGAGCGAGGAGAGCCUGGAGUGGGAGAAGGCCACCAACAGCAGCGGGCCCGAGUAAUGCCAGGACUGGGGGCACCGGGGUGGGGCGAGAGGGUCCUGUUCCAUUUUACAGAACACGGACUUGUACAAUGUCAACUCGUUUUUAAAUCGAUAGCGGUUACCCGGCUUCUCCGGAGCGAGCGGACCUCGGGGUGGACGCCAAGGCGGGGGCCUGGCCGGAGGUUUGGCUGUGGUUUCGGUGUCCACCAUGGCCUGGCGUGGAGGGAAGGAGGUCCUGAGGCUGGUGGGUGUCCAGAGGUGGUCUCUGGGAAGGAGGGACGCCGUGGGUGUAGCAGAUAUCCCCACCCAGGGGCUGCAGGGGUUCUUGGAACAUCUCCCCUCCGAGGUCAGGAGGAAGGACACUGGCGCUGCCUCUCCAUCACUCACCGGGGAUGCUCUCCAAGGGCAGGGGUGGGACUUUUUAUUUGCCGUGGAUAUGGGCAGGGAGGAGUCAUUAUUUUGGAUUUUUUUUUUUGUUUCAUUUGGGUAUGUCAGGACCCAGUCUCCAAGGCACCAGGUGCUGAACUCUUCUUCCUUUGCUGAGUGUGGAAAGGGGGUUGAAGGGGGGAAGGGGAGGAUGGGAUGGGGUGGGACACGCUCCCUGUGAGAAGCAGCAUUUGUUGGAAGUCCAUCUGAAGAGUUGUUAAAAUUACAUAUAUAGAGAAAUAUAUCUAUACAUAGAUAUAUAUAUAUAUACAUAUUAAAAUGCCAAAAAAAACAGCCAACGAACACAGUGAACUCAAAGAGGCCUUGAAACGCUUGGAAUUUCAGGGGUUCUGUGUCUUUUGUUUCGUUCUGGGGUUAUCUUUCACUUUUUUAUUUUAAUUUUCUGGUUUCGGGAUGCGGGUGGGGGAGCCUUUUGAGGGAGGUGAGGUGGGAGCAGGAGAGAGUGGGGGGCUGCCCAUCCCCAGCAGCGAGGGAGGAGGUGUUGGGACCCCCAAAGUGUCCCUGGCUGUGCUCUGCACGCCCCUGAGGUGACCCUGAGCUCUCCCCAAAUCCGUGACCCCACGGAGCACCCUCGACUUCCAGGGUGAAUUCCAGCCACACAGCAUUUGAGAAAACCAUUAGCCUGGAAUCUCAUGUAAGGAAAAUAUUGACUUCCCUAGAAAGAGCAGCAGCUCACCCUCUGCUUGGUACAGAUGUGGGGUUUACACUGGCGAAUUUAAUUUUCUGAUUGAAAAAAAAAACAAAUUCUAUGCAAUUUCUGGUUGUAAAAGGAAAGAGAUGACAAUGGAGAGGGGCAGGGGAGAUAAAGCCUUGAGUGAAGGUACAUCCUGUUCUUGAAUUGUUUUCUUUUCUUUUUGUCUUGAAUGUACUGAAAUAAAAGA